CGCCGUUUCAGUCUCACUUUUUGUUCGCUGCUUUUUUUCUUUUUCUAUUUUGUUUUAUUUUUCGUAUUUUUUUCAAGCCACUAGUUUUUCUUCUUCCAUGGACGCCUCGAAUCGAGACAUGCAAUCAACGCUGUGCGCGAACGGCUGCGGCUUCUUCGGCAACGCCAACUUUAACAACAUGUGCUCCAAGUGCUUCAAGGAGCAGCAGAGCAAAGCACAGGCACAGGCAGCGCCCCUCAAGCCACUAGCACAAAGCGCACCAAUGGCAAUCCCUGGUGCCCGUGUCUCUAGCAUGUCCGUGUCUCCGGCGUCGAACGCCUCGCCAAUGUCACAAUCGCCUCUUUCAACGAGCCCAAACACGGCCAUGAUGAACAUGUUGUCGACCUCGGCCCCCGCAGGAAGCAGCAAUAUGGAUAUGUUGUCGUCGUCGCCCUCCAAGAGCUCUAAUCGGUGCCUCGAAUGCUCGAAACGCGUUGGUCUGGCUGGAUUUAAGUGCCGGUGUGGAGGCCUAUUUUGUGGUCUCCACCGCUAUUCGGACAAACACAACUGUAAUUUCGACUACAAGACUGCAGGUCGUGAAAUGAUUGCCAAGGACAACCCAGUCGUCGUCAAGGACAAGAUUGAGCGCAUUUAAACGUUGUUUCUUUUCUUUUCUUUUGCUUUGUUUUUUUUUUUUAAUUCUUUCAUUUCUGUUCAUGCGCUUGUUCGUUACUGGGGUUUCUGAUAUUUGUGUUCGUUCUGGCUGUUCUUCCUUCGGUACCGUUUCGGCCAAUAUGUGGCCAACUGUCUCUGUAGGCGUUGAUUUUCGGUCGUGUUCGUGCGCGCUGUGCAGUGGGUGUUUGCUGUUUGUUUGUUCCUGGUUUUUUUUUUGGGGGGGGGGGUGCUUGAUUCCUGCUUGGUGUACUUGUUUCCUGCGUUUGUCUCGGCUGCGUUGUAAAGUUUCAAUGAAAGCUAGUGCUUUUUU